GCUUGGGUAGGGGCCUGGCUAGCCUGAGUGCACCCAGAUGCACUCCUGUCAGCUCUCUCUAGUGCUUCAACCACUGCUCUCCCUGCUCUCUGCGUUUUUUGCCCCAGCUCAGGGAUAGGGGUGGGCAGGGAAAUCCUGCCACCCUCACUUCUCCCCUUUCCAUCUCCAGGGGGGCCAUGGCCAGUACAGAGUCCUCGCUGUUGAGAUCCAUAGGCCUCAGCCUAGGUCCUGGCAGCAGUGAGGUGGAGCUGGACUGUUGGUUUGAUGAGGAUUUCAAGUUCAUCCUGCUUCCUGUGAGCUAUGCAGUUGUCUUUGUGCUGGGCUUGGGCCUCAACGCCCCAACCCUAUGGCUCUUCAUCUUCCGCCUCCGACCCUGGGAUGCAACUGCCACCUACAUGUUCCACCUGGCAUUGUCAGACACCUUGUAUGUGCUGUCGCUGCCCACCCUCAUCUACUAUUAUGCAGCCCGCAACCACUGGCCCUUUGGCACUGAGAUCUGCAAGUUCGUCCGCUUUCUUUUCUAUUGGAACCUCUACUGCAGCGUCCUUUUCCUCACUUGCAUUAGCGUGCACCGCUACCUGGGCAUCUGCCACCCACUUCGGGCACUACGCUGGGGCCGCCCUCGCCUCGCAGGCCUUAUCUGCCUGGCAGUUUGGUUGGUCGUAGCCGGCUGCCUCGUGCCCAACCUGUUCUUCGUCACAACCAGCACCAGAGGGAACACCGUCCUGUGCCAUGACACCACUCGGCCUGAAGAGUUUGACCACUAUGUGCACUUCAGCUCGGCGGUCAUGGGGCUGCUCUUUGGCGUGCCCUGCCUGGUCACUCUUGUUUGCUAUGGGCUCAUGGCCCGUCGCCUGUAUCGGCCCUUGCCAGGCGCUGCACAGUCUUCUUCUCGUCUCCGAUCUCUUCGCACCAUAGCUGUGGUGCUGACCGUCUUCGCUGUCUGCUUCGUGCCUUUCCACAUCACCCGCACCAUUUACUACCUGGCAAGGCUGUUGGAAGCUGACUGCCGAGUGCUGAACAUCGUCAACGUGGUCUAUAAAGUGACUCGGCCUCUGGCCAGUGCCAACAGCUGCCUGGAUCCUGUGCUCUACUUGCUCACUGGGGACAAAUAUCGACGUCAGCUCCAUCAGCUCUGUGGUGGUGGCAAGCCCCAGCCCCGCACGGCUGCCUCUUCCCUGGCACUAGUGUCUCUGCCUGAGGAUAGCAGCUGCAGGUGGGCAGCCACCCCCCAGGACAACAGUAGCUUCUCUACUCCUAGGGCAGAUAGAUUGUAACACGGGAAGCCGGGAAGUGAGAGAAAAGGGGGUGAGUGCAGGGCAGAGGUGAGGGAACCCAAUAGUGAUACCUGGUAAGGCGCUUCCUCCUGUUUUCCAGGCUCUGGAUAGAAGCCCUCGCCCUGAGGGUUGCAGGGAGACAGGGACAUUAUGGGUGAUCUCAUCUCUCAUAACCCCUUCAGUUGCUAACUCUUUUUUAGCCAAUGCCAGUCUUCUACUCCUUUCUCAUUGUUUCUGUCCCUUCCUGGGGCCAUUGAUCCUACAAGUCUUCCUGAAAAUCUUCCCCAGUCCUCUUUCCCUGUCCCAUUUCCCCCACAGCCUCCUAUAGCAUGUGUUUCUCCAGCCAGACCAGAGCAU